AUGGAGUCGUCAAUCCCUUCCCUCUCAGAAGGCCCCGUUGGCUCUCGUUUCGUCACUCAGGACGAGAUUGACUCCGCAAGGGCACGCAAGGACGAACAGUGGAAGGCUGCAUACGCUAGGCAUGAGCCGCCACAACUACAACAGCAGGACGAGGUCUACGACGGCCGCAGCUUGGCAGAAAAACUCGCCGCCAACAAGAUUGCGAAACAAGAAGAGUGGGAGGAAAAGAAUAAGCUCGCAAAUCAAUUCCGCGCUCUCGAAGAGGACGAAAUCCAUUUCUUGGACUCAAUCCGAGAGAAACAAGAGCAAGAAGAAAAGCUUCGCAAGCAGACAGAGGGUGAAGAGUUGAAGAACUUUAGAGAAGCGGUAGCUGCAAGAAACAGCGCGGCAGCAAACCCACCGCCCUCUCUAACACCUUCUGCAUCUAAACCUGCAGCCCCGAAACCACCUAACCCAUCCUCCAAGAAGCCCGAAGGUAAACGCGUCCUCAAGGGUAUCAUCGUCAAGAAAAAGGUCGCCAAACCCGCAGCACCAGCGAAGAAGCCGGAACCUUCCAAACAGGCCGCAUCCACUGCACCGAAAGAAGCAAACAAGGAGGACAGGAAUGGGGACGAUGACGCUCCCAAUCCCAAACGGCGAAAGAUUGAUUCUGGCUCAUGACCGUGUACUAGUCUACUCUAAUCUAAUUUAUCCCCUCGCACCAGACGGCGUUGGCGUCCAUCGGACCCGGUUGAGGUCUCUCUCCUUCGAGCCUUCCCAUCCAGCACUCCUCUCCAUGGCGUCCGCUCUCCUCAAUCCGGCCGUACUCAUGGCUGUCCGCUGCAAGAGCCUCUUUGCCGCCGGUGUCAGAUUGCCAGCCGCGUCCGCUUUCUUUGGAGUCCAGGUUGGAGGGGCCAUGUCGCGCUUCCCUGAAAAUC